CUCAUGAGGACUUUUAUUUUGAAAUGCCUCGCCAGAAGUUGGCGUUCAUGUGUGUCAUGAACUGAGGAAGAGGAGGAGCAGCGAGGAAGAGGAGGAGGAGGAGCAUGUCACCGUUGGAGACCAAUGACAGGACAGGUAGCAACAGGUGAGACGAAAACAAGUGCACACACACACGCACACACACACGCGUGCGCACGCAUGCACAGGGAGCGCGAGCAACAGAAGGCUCCCGGGACCGAAGAGAUCCUGUCUGAGAGGACCAGGAACCAGAGACCAGAAACCAGAGACCAGCGGCGGGAGGUUGUUCCGGGGACUUCACGGAGUUCCACAAGUUCCACCAAGUUCCGGUCUCGAGGCGGAGCACCUGCUGCUGGGUCCGGACCCGGUCCCCAUGCGUCCUCAGACCCGCAGGAAGUAGUCGGGUGUCCUCGCUCCCGCGGAGCGGACCAUGAGCGGCUCGGAGGGCCUGCGGCCCGCGUCGGCCGGCCGGAAGCCGCUGGGGAAGCUGGCCCUGCGGCUGGAGCAGGUGAAGAGCCCGUGGCGCCAGGUGUCCUCGCUGGAGCUCAGCCACAACGAGGCGGCGCGCCUGGCCACGGACGCGCUGCUGGAGCACGGCGAGCACGAGUACCGGCGCGUGCUGGCGGAGGAGCGCGAGCUCAGCUUCCUGUCCCCGCUGGAGCUGCGAUACAUCACGGAGCAGCAGGCGGCCCGGGCCGGUGGCGCGCAUCGCGGCCCCGAGGGGCCCGACGACCGGGACCUCGGGGACCUCGACGCGGCGUCCGACCUCAACUCCGGGACCUACUUCCCCAUGAUGUCCGACGACGAGCCGCCGAUGCUGGAGCUCGGCUGGCCGGACGGGCCCGCGCGGUUCAGCCCGACCGAGACCCAGAUCUACUUCCAGAGGGACCGGAGCCACAACGUCAAGGACCUGAUCCGGUCCCUCAUCAACAGAGCCAAGAAGGUCAUCGCCGUGGUGAUGGACGUGUUCACCGACGUGGACCUGCUCUGUGACCUCAUAGAGGCGUCCAACAAGCGCCGCGUGCCGGUCUACAUCCUGCUGGACCAGCAGAACCUGGACCACUUCACCGGCAUGUGCGCCGCCCUGGACCUGCAGGGCUCCCACAUGAGCAACAUGCGUAUCCGCAGCACGUGUGGUGAUACGUACUGCACCAAGAGCGGCAAGAAGUUCAGCGGUCAGAUCCUGGAGAAGUUCAUGAUCAUCGACUGUGAAGAGGUCAUCGCAGGGUCAUACAGUUUCACCUGGCUCUCGGCUCAGGUGCACAGCAACAUGAUGAUGCAUUUCUCGGGUCGCAUCACCGACAGCUUCGACCGUGAGUUCCGCUGCCUGUACGCCGACUCGAUGAUCAUCGACUGCUUCUUCAACCCCGAAGACGAGGGCGCGACGUACUACCAGCCCUACCAGGCCCUGAUGGGGCCGUCGCCGCUCACGAGCGCCGACCUGCUUGCCGACAGCAGGCAGAGGGACCGCGUGUCCUCUGAACACUCCAGCAGCCAAUCGAGUAACAGCGUGUCCAGCGUGAAGGCCGCGCCCACGGUGACCUCCAACCCCGUCUACAAGGUCACUCAGAGUCACGACAGGAAGGAGUCCGGCAGCAGCCAGCACCACAGCCCCGAGCGGCGAGGGGGCGGGGCCACGCCUCAGGGCCACGUCGCGGCGGGGUCGCGGCUCUCUGCUAACGGAGGACUCGACCACGGCCCGGCCACGGACCGCACGCCGCCGCCCUACGGCCUGCCGCCGGGGGGCGCCGAGUGGAACAAGCCCGCGGACGCCAUGCGCUUCAAUGUGGGCGGAGCCUCCUCCAAGUUCCAGGCGUUGGGGUUGUACGACCACAAAGCGAGCAUGUUCCACGGCGCCGGGCUCGGCGCCGCCAACGACGUGAAGCUCCCGUACCGGCAGCGGUCCGGCUCCAACCAGUUCCUCAACAAGCUGUCGGACCUCUUCCUGCCCACCUCCGGCAAAGACGCCUACGGCUUCCGGAGGUCGCCGCCCCCUCACGGCGCCGCGCCCUGGCCGGGGCCGGACCUCUCCAAAGCGGAGCCGGAGAGCCAGCAGAGCCCGCCGCCGCCGCUCUCCCCCACCGUGCUGAUGAGCCGGCAGGACCAGAAGCGGAUGACGCUGGGCCACAGCAAGCUGGACCUGGUGAACCAGUACAACCAGGUGAAGUCCAAGCAGGUCUACAGCCGCUUCGAGCUGAAGACCUCCAACUGAGCCGGGUCCGGACUCCGUUCACCGGCACUUCCCGUUUCCUGCGUCUUCUUCUACCGGGUCGGCGGUUGCCGGGGCGAAUCCCGCCGUGUUGGCGUUUCCCUCUGAUUCCUGAAGCCACACCUCUUUCAUGAAGCGAGGAGCCCUGGAGGAUUCAAAGGAGUGAGAACGAGUCCCGACUGAAGGUCUCAGUGAAUACGGCACGUUUAAAACGAAUCCUGCUGGAAGGGAAGGAGGUAAAGAAUGGGAACGUUGUUCAUCGGUGCUUUGGCUAAACAACUGGGAGCUCAAUGAUUUUCACAGCCGUAACUAAAAUUGAAUUUUACAUUAUUACCUAAUAUAUAAUAUUACUUAUCAUGAAAGGAGAUAUUACCAGUUAUGAUUUUUUGGCAUAAUGUGAUAACCGAGCCUCGACUUCCAGCCUGAGAAGCUCGGAGACGUCUUGGUGCUUUCGGAAUGGUGAUUCAACAUCCUUGUGGCCACUGACGGUACUGCAGCAACACACACCGAGAAAAGUGGCAUCAAUAUCCAAUGAGAGGUCAGCAGAAGAUAAACACAUUUUAGUGCCCGCCCACAAAAAAAGCUCCACCAAUGAAAUGACCAAGAAGUGCAUCGCGAGUCGGAACAUAAAUUCUGAUCUCUGGGAACAAAAUUUAAGCUUUUCAUGAAAAACAAUGCAAGACAUUCCUGAAUUUCUUUUUCAGAUCUUCUUGGAAAAAAUUUAACAUUUUCUAAAAAAAUGGUACGACUUUCAGGAUUUCAGAAAAGGUUCCUUUAAAAAAAACAGAUUUUCAUGAUUUGAUUUUUUUUUUAUUUGACGAAGAAAUUGAAUAAUUUCAUGGAAAAAUGUUUUUACAUUUUAAUUAAUGUUUUUAAAAUUAAUUCUAGAUUUUAUGGAAUUGUUAUUUUUUGAAAACUAAGUUCUAGAUUCAUGGGGGAAAAAAAUAGAUUUUAUGGAAAACAAUUCUAGAUUGUAUCUAAAAAAAGAUUCUAGAUUUCUUAAUUAAAAAAGAAUAUUUGUAACCAAAACAAACACCAUUGGCAAAAAUAAAUUUAAACACGAGACCUGUUUGUGUUGUUUGAGACAAACUGAACUUAUUGUUGUAAACGGUUUAUCGCUUCAUCUUCCUCCUUCUUUCCGUCUCUUCUUCCCGUGACUUCCUGUGUUGCGCAACGCGUGCCUCGAUCAUCGUCCUCCACCUUGAGGAAACCGUUUAAACUCCUUACGGUGAAUCUUAUUAUCUGGUGAAUAAUUUAAAAUCUGACGGUGUCUCGCCCGAAAAAUAGUUUCUUGUUGACAGACGAUUUGUUGUUGUUGUUUUGUUACAGCACUUUUUUUCAGCCGUGUAUUUGUAUAUAAACUGUGAAUUGAAGCGAUGAGAUCCUGUUCUACUUCCUGUCCCAGAGCUUCGGGCCUCCAGCACCACAGGAGGACAUGGAUCAAUUAUUUUAAUAAAUGUUUUGUUUACUGUUCGUUUCAGUUGGUGUUGUUGUUUGUUGUUGACUGUGCAGGCAUGGAUUGACCUGUGCCCCGUGUGUAUAAGGGUGUGUAUAAGACAGGAAUGUGGGUUAGCGCUGAGGAAACUCUUCUGAAAAGGUUUCCUUAGUGGAUAUUGUUGUGUUUCCUGGAGGAUGUGAACUUUUCUGUCUGAACGUUGCUCGUGAUUUGUACAAAACUGGAGGAUUUAAUAAAAGGAAAAGUUUGAAGUUCA